GCCGCGUAGACCGUAAAUCCCGAUGGCGGCGGUGGCGAUGGACAUCGCGAAGCCCGCGGCGGUCCCGGAGAGCGCCGAGGACCCGGCCAAGGGGCGGGCGGCCGGCGGCGGGGAGGGCCUGCGCCAGUACUACCUGCAGCACAUCCACGACCUGCAGCUCCAGAUCCGCCACAAGACCCACAACCUCAACCGCCUCGAGGCCCAGCGCAACGACCUCAACUCCCGAGUCAGAAUGCUCCGGGAAGAGUUGCAGCUGCUGCAAGAGCCAGGCUCGUAUGUUGGGGAGGUUGUGAAGGUUAUGGGCAAGUCAAAGGUUCUGGUGAAGGUGCACCCAGAAGGCAAAUAUGUUGUAGAUCUUGAUAAGAGCAUCGAUAUCAACAAGAUUACUCCUUCAACAAGAGUUGCUCUUCGGAACGACAGCUAUAUGCUUCACCUUAUCCUGCCCAGCAAAGUCGACCCACUGGUUAAUCUUAUGAAGGUGGAGAAGGUUCCUGACUCUACCUAUGAUAUGAUUGGUGGUCUUGACCAGCAGAUCAAAGAGAUCAAGGAGGUGAUUGAGCUUCCCAUUAAGCAUCCUGAGCUGUUUGAGAGUCUCGGAAUCGCCCAACCAAAGGGUGUCCUUCUUUAUGGGCCUCCAGGUACAGGAAAAACAUUACUUGCUCGUGCAGUUGCUCAUCACACCGACUGCACCUUCAUCAGGGUGUCAGGUUCAGAGUUGGUUCAGAAGUAUAUUGGAGAGGGUUCCCGGAUGGUUCGUGAGCUCUUUGUGAUGGCUAGGGAGCAUGCACCAUCCAUUAUAUUUAUGGACGAAAUCGACUCCAUUGGUUCUGCUAGAAUGGAGUCGGGAACCGGCAACGGUGAUAGUGAGGUCCAGCGCACUAUGCUUGAGCUUCUAAACCAGCUUGAUGGUUUUGAAGCAUCGAACAAAAUUAAGGUUCUUAUGGCAACAAAUAGGAUAGACAUCUUGGAUCAAGCACUCCUGAGGCCUGGUCGUAUUGACAGGAAGAUCGAGUUUCCAAAUCCUAACGCAGAUUCCCGUGGUGAUAUUUUGAAGAUUCAUUCAAGAAAAAUGAAUUUGAUGCGUGGCAUUGAUCUGAAAAAGAUUGCUGAGAAGAUGAAUGGAGCUUCAGGAGCAGAGCUAAAGGCGGUCUGCACAGAAGCUGGAAUGUUUGCCCUCCGUGAGAGAAGGGUGCAUGUCACCCAGGAGGAUUUCGAGAUGGCAGUGGCAAAGGUGAUGAAGAAGGAUACGGAGAAGAACAUGUCACUGCGGAAGCUAUGGAAGUGAAGCUCUCAUUUUAGCAUCCUAGCUGUUGUUAUCAUGUAUCUGUUUAAGCCUAUAGCAGCACGUUGCCAAAUGAGCUGUGGUAUUCUUGAAUUAUCUCAAGAACUGCACAAUAUACAAUGUCCUGCAGCAGCCUCCAGAUUAAAUUUCUUUAUUGAGUUAUAUCAAGAGAUAUGUGAGAUGGAAACCGUUCACUUGCUUGUAAUCUAUGGUACUUUGUCCACUGGACUGGUGGCCUUGUUCUCCUGAGAAUGGCGACCGCAAUGUUGUGUUGUGCUUUA